AUGGCGGAGUUUAUUGGUGUGAGGCUAGAAAUGAAGUGGGGUCGUAGGAAACGUACUACGAUUCAUUAUCCAGGAACCUGUAAUGUGCUCGCUUUAGUUUUAAUUCGAUUCUCGUUAAAUUUUAUUACGGUCAUUCCCCAAAGGAUAAUUGCCAAGGAUGUAAAAUAUCACGACGUUCUUUAUUUAUGUCUUGAGAUGGAAGUGUGA